GAAAUGAAAGUACUGACGUCUGGAAUGAAGCACACACGUUAUAAGUUCCGUGUCCUGUGCUGGGUAAACUUGCAAGAAAUGCACUUCCACGAUUUAGAAGAGUGUCUGGAAAAUGACUGUAUCCUAUGUGGGAAGGUAUUGAUAACCACAGCCAAACUUCAGAGAAUGUUCAAGAAUAGGCAACUAGUGACAGAUUCUCCAAUGCAAUUAGCAGGUUCCAGUGUUACUGAAACAGCGCCACCAGAUGAACAUCUUGGUUAUCUGGAAGAUAAGCACCUGGCUCUUAUCGCCAAAGACAUGGGACGGGAAUGUAAACAACUGGGUGUCAGGCUGGGUCUCAGUUGGAACAGGAUUCAACAAAUAUGGAAUGAUAACAGACGAUUCGACUCCAUAAUGGAUAUGCUUACAGAAUGGAGGAAACAACAGAACUACGAGACAAAUCAAGUGGAGAUAAUGUGCAGAGUUUUGAAGGAGCAAGGACUCACAGAGCUUGCUAACAAAAUCUUUGGCUCUCAAAUGUCAGAGGUUAAAGAAUCCAGUGUAAAUGCAGGUGAAGAUACCAGGGGCAGAUUACCCACAACACACCAUGAAUAUGAUGCAUCCCUUGAUGACAAAGACCUGCUGUUCAUUUGUGAAGGUCUGCCCUCUGAUUGGAGGAGACUAGGAGUGCGACUUGGACUUGAGUGGAACAAGAUUAAUGGCAUAGCAGACAACAACACACUGAAAGAUGGCGUCAUGGAAACCCUGGUGACUUGGAGAGAUGGUCAAUCAACAAACCAAAUGCCAAUCAUGCUCAACGCAUUGAGAGAACAGGGACUUGUUCAACUUGCGGAACGAUUGUGUGAAAGGCGUGGCUACAAAGAUGACCAUGACGCUGCUGCAAAUCAACCUCAAGUUUCAACAGAACAUAGACUAGUAGGAGCAUCCCUUGAUGACCAAGACCUGCUGUUCAUCUGUGAAGAUCUGGGCUCUGAUUGGAGGAGGCUAGGAGUGCGACUUGGACUUGAAUGGAACAAGAUUAAUGUCAUAGCAGACAACAACACACUGAAAGAUGGCAUCAUGGAAACCCUGGUGACUUGGAGAGAUGGCCAAUCAAUGAACCAAAUGCCAAUCAUGCUCAACGCGUUGAAAGAACAGGGACUUGUACAAGUUGCGGAACGAUUGUGUAAAAGGCGUGGCUACAAAGACGACCUCGACGCUGCUGCAAAUCAACCUAAACUUUCAACACAACAUAGACUAGUAGGAGGUUGGUGAAUAUCAAUUUGAUACAAAAUAUUAAACAUUAUUUUAUUAUUAUUUACAUAACACAACUGCAAAUUUCCUGAAGAAUGGUGGAUGAAUUUCCCGGAGCAAAAUUUCACUAAUGUUUGGUUCAAGAUCUUUUCGUCUAUUGAUGAAAUCGUGUGAUCAACAACUAAAAGUACCCCACCAUCCUGACGAUUAAUUCUGUGCCUACAGUGUAUGGUGUAACUGUCAUGUAACAUUUCAACAUCUGCUACAUCCGAAUUAAGCCAAGUCUCGGUAACAGCAAUCAGAUGUGGUUUUAAGAGCGAGUCAAACAUUUGAAUUGAGCAAGCUUGUUUUUUUCAGCAUUAACAG